CUUAGUUAAUAGCGAUUAAAAACCAACUAAAACAAAUGCUCCCCUUGGCCAUAAACGAGAAGUCAACUCUUUAAUCCAGAAAACAAAGCAAAUAUACUCGGUCACAGAUAGAAAAACAGAACAAGAAGGUAGCAAACUUAAUCUUCUCGACAAAACACCACCAACACACCACUAAACAAACCCAGCAAGAACCAAUCAAACUACACCAGUAAGAUUAAGAACAGAUUCUACAACUCGGCGAAAUCAAAACAGAAACCAGAGAGACACAAAUUCAGCCUUAGACUCGGACAAACAACAGUGCUUGACUCGCUACAGGAAUCGACGCCAACUCAGUAACACAGGGCAGACUCGGCUGAUCGACUCAGUAUAAAACCCAGAUUCGGUGUGCAACUAAACUCGACAUAGAAAACUCGGACAAACAAAACCAAGAAAUCGAAGCAAGAGAAAGCAACAGACUCAAUGACUCGCUGCAACUCGGCGAGAGCAAACAAAGAAAACAGAAUCCAACUCCUAAACCAACUCAGCACAAGGUCUGAACUCGGACGCCUAACACAGAACCCAGCUCAGAACUCGGGUUGGUGACUCGGACACGACUCAGUGCAGUACAUGAAACAACGACUCAAAUCAACCAAGUAUACCCAGCAGACAUAACGAACUCGCGACUCAGGAACAAAGAACAGAACAGUAGCAAGCUCGGGACUCGGCAGCAAAAUGAAAAUGCAGCAGAAAUCAACAAGAAAAACGCAUAAAAUUAAACAUAAACACGCCUGACUCGGAAAUGACUCAGUUCGAAAUUAGAAAUACAAAACUCGAAGAUAACGCAGCAAAAACAAAGACAAACAGCAGUCGAAACAAACAUAGUAAGAGAGGCUAACGAAAUCAGUGCUGUAGGGAAUUUUUUAUCAAAAAAGGAAAACAAACAGGGGGUUGGUUUUAUGACAUAAAGAACAGGGGAGGUGUGCUUUUUUUAUGUUUUGUUAAAACAAAAGAAACAGAGUAAACCGAGGCUGUGAAAACGAGGGUUGUAAAUCUGAUUUUUAAUUUUUAUUAAAAUUACUACUUAGUGAUUUAAACAAUAAAUGCAAGAAUAAGAAAAUUUGGGGUUCUAAAUCCAAACCCUAACACAAAUUGAUUUCGUGCUAGGACUUAGUGACUAUUUCAAAAGAUCACAAAUCUAUACUAAUCACAAGCUCAAUGAUUUUUUAUUUCCCAAAAGCUUAAAAGCAUGUGGUGGUACUUUAGAAGAGUCAUUCAACUUGAAGAAUAUAAAUUAAAAACACAAUACAAGAUUAAGCUAAAAGAGAUUUGCAUAGAAAUUAAAAAGUGUAUACAAGCUUGGAAAGGAAAUUGGGGCUAGCAAAAUAUAAAUCUAUCUAAGAUACUAACUAUAGAAAUGACUAGGUAGAAAAGAGGUAGGUUGCUAGAUUGGUGAUUACAAGUAAAAGGAAAGGGGUAUUUAUAACUAAAGAAUUAGGGUUUAGGGGUAGGGUGGCUCAAUCUUGACCAUCCAUGUGCCUUGUGUGUUGGGAAGAUUGUGGCCCUCCAAGUGUCCCUUACUUGCCAAUUCUUUUUUUCUUUUUUUCUUUUCCUUUUCUUUUUUUUUUCUUGCAUUUUCUCUUCUUUCUUUAUUUAUCUACAAUUUCCUGAAAUAAAAUAAAUAAGAGAUUAAUACUACGAAAAUAAACAAAAAAUAGGCACUUAAAUAUGCGAAAAUAUGGACUAAUCAAGCCGUCAAAAGAAUCUUUAGAUAUCUUAAGGGUACACCUGGAUUAGGUAUUUGGUACCCUAAGAAUACUGGUUUUGACUUAACCGGCUAUACAGAUUCUGAUUAUGCAGGAUGCAGGAUUGAUAGGAAGAGUACGUCUGGAAGCUGUCAAUUUCUAGGACGUCGGUUGGUUUCCUGGUAUAGCAAGAAGCAGCACUCUGUGUCUACUUCUACUGCUGAAGCUGAGUAUAUAGCUGCUGGAAGCUGCUGUGCUCAGAUCUUGUGGAUCAAGAAUCAACUGAAUGAUUAUGGUGUUGUAGUAAACAAAAUUCUUAUAUUUUGUGAUAAUACAAGUGCCAUAGCCAUUUCCAACAAUCCGGUUCAACAUUCAAGAACCAAGCACAUUGAUAUCAGGUGAAAGUAGGAGGCCAGGCAAGGAACCCCUAGAAGCAUCUAUACAAGAGCUCAGUAAGCUUAGUCCAGUGACACCCGAGAAUGGCACGAUUCAAGCAGACCGCCCGUAAGUCCACCUCAGGAUCAGGGAUUGCGUACCGCCGUAUGAUGGAGCAGGCAUCGUCUUCGUCUAGUCACGGAUUCCCGGCUACUGUUCCGUUCCCGCUUUACGAGCAGAUGGUGAGGCUUACUAACCGACUCGAGGGCCAGAACACGAUUCUCCAGCACCGGAUUGACCAGCUGUACCGUGAGGACUUUGAUGAUGAGGGCAACCGUCCCCGUUUGAUUGCUAGGGUCGAGGAGAUCAUUCGUAUGGCUGAGGACCGCUUGGCAGCUAUUCCACCCUACCACGAGUGUGAGAGUCGCAUCACUUUGACCGCCAUUACUGACGAGCUCCGCCAUGUGAUUAGCAGUCUUCGUGAGCCCGUUGCCAGUCCACCAGCUUCACCAGCAUCAUCAUCAUCCACCUAGACUAUCUCUUAGUCUAUUUAUUUCUGUUAUCGUGUUAUCCGUACUUUGACUUUUAUUCGUACUUGUACCCCGGAUUGUUUCGGGAAGACUUAUUCGCAUUUUACUUUUUGUUGGUACUUCGACUUGCACUUUAUUUCGGCUUAAUGUUUAACAUUCGCAUUUUGAUUA